AUGGAUGGCACUUCCUUCGAUAUUGUGCAUGUAGCAGGCAUCAGGGAAGCUACUGCAUCAGUAUCUUCGCUGAGCAAGGUGACAAGUGAAGGACAUCCAAUUGCUCAUCCAAGCAGCGUGCUUCCACAGCCUGAGACGACUUCUUCCCUUGACUCAUCUCUACAAUUUGAGCUGGCCUCUUUCCCAAGUGCAUCUCCGCAGCCUGAAUCUGCAUUUUUCCUGGACUCACCUCCGCAACCGCAGUUCACCUCUUCCUCUGAAUCUCUACAACUGCAGUCUGCCUCUUCCUCCAAAUCUCCACAACUGCAGUCCACUCCUUCCUCUGAAUCUCUGCCGAUUGACGAGACCACUUCUUUCUCUAACUCACCUUCGCUAUCAACAACUGGUAGAAUGCUGACAUCUACUUCCACUCAACUAGUAGCAUCAAAUACAAACUCUAUCAGUAACAGUCCAGAGGCUUCAACUUCUACUGAGCUCAACAACAUAGAGAUGGCUCCACCUCCUUCUUCUUCAAAAGAGGGAUCUUCCAGGGCAGAGAAAAUAAAACCAAAGCCUUAUAAAGCCAGCCGACCUAUUAUCCGCGGAAUGAAGAAUCCCAACAAGGUCCUCAAAUGCGGCACCACUGGGACCCCUAUCAAUCUUUGCAAAGCUUUUUACAUCGAAUAUUACGGUCCAGAUGCUACACAAGGAGCUUUCUACAAGUGGCUCGCCAACAUAGACCAAGAUCUAUGGGAAUCAUUUGUUAAGAAGGCAAAAAAAACAACUUAG